AUGAGAUCCAAAUCAGGGCACGUCAUCGAAUUUUUCUUGUUCCGCCAUAUCCCUGAUUAUCUUAAAAUACAGGUUGAUCAGCUUCCUGGAGUGCCCCGUUAUCGUGACGCUAUCAGUCGCAUUUUACGUGAUAGCUUCGCUAAAAACCUCACGGCUCGUUUUGAGUUGCCUAAAAGGCCCCGAAAGAAGCAUAAUCCUUUUCCUGGUACUAUUGCCGAUAUUUACGGCCCUCUACUUGUAGUGCCUGGUGCCGAUGAGCCAGGUCCUCUUCAAGAAUAUUCGGAUUCCGUUAUCUCUCUAUAUGGUCUUCAGCCCAGUCGUUUCGAAGCCUAUCCACUGAAAAAUCAAUCUGGAUGA